AUGAGGCACAGCGAGUAGGCGGCGGCCGAGAUGGAAAACUUCAGCGCGACGUGCCUGUGGAUGGUUUUGGCGUCGCAUUUGUUUUUUCUGCCACCGACAGGGCGGUGCAAGCCCGUCAUCUCCCCCGGCGGGCCUCACGUCGUCGUCCCCAAGCGGGGGAGGCUGGAGCUGCGUUGCCGUGACAAUGCCACCGCGUCCACGUUGAGGUGGCAGAGGGAAAAAGCUCGCAGACUGGAGGGGGAGGCCGACGAGGGCGGCGCGGCUGUCGUCAAGGUGCCGGCGGCGCAGGCCUACCACAUGGGCCGCUACGUCUGCGUCAACAACAACACGCUGGAGCGGGCCUCCAUCUACGUAUACGUGAAAGACCCCGUCAACGCCUUCCAGCGCACCAUGGUCAACGGCAUCCUGGUGCGCGCGGGCGAGAACUGCACCAUCCCCUGCCUGGUGACCAACCCGGAGGUCACGCCGGUGGCCUUGCGGACGUGCGACGGCCGACCUUUGCCCUCCGCCAUGAGCUACUGGACCCACCGCGAGCAGGGCGUCGUCAUUGGCAACGCCAGGAAGGACUUCGAAGGCUGCUACGUGUGCGUGGGGCGGCUCGGAGAAGAUCAAGUGACUUCCAGCCAAUACACCGUAGACGUGCGCCUAGUUCCAGAAGUGCUUCCGGUCAUCACGUUGUCCCAGAGGGAGAAGGUCAUCUUACGAAAAGGAGAAAACUUUGAGCUGACUUGUAGCUCCUCCAACGUCAACCCAGACUUCAACGUCAAGUGGGACUACCCGUCCACAGCGCAUCCGGACGAGGCGCACACCUCGCACAUCCUGUCCGGCUCUCGGGGUUAUCAACGCGCCACCCGGCUCUCGAUCGGACGGGUAAAGCAGUCCGACUCGGGGACGUACCGCUGCUCGGCCCACAACGAGAGAGGCGGCAGCUCCACGGCGCUGCGCCUGGACGUCUACGAUAUCGGGUUCAUUACCACGUUAAGCCACCCAAGUCCCGUCCAGGCCGGCGUCCGAGAAGGGGAGAGCCUGAAUCUCAGGGUGGAGUUUGAGGCCUACCCGUCACCCGCCGUCCUGUCCUGGUUUUACGACGGCAAGCGGCUGCUCAACACCACAGAGCACGUCAUCACCGUCCACCGACACAAAUACAGGUUCAUGAGCGAGCUGAAACUGGUGAGAGUUCUUGGCUCGGAAGCCGGCAUCUAUAAAUUCUCCGCCAGCCACGAAGACGCAUCGGUCGAGCAUUUAUUUCACGUAUAUGUCAAUAGUAAGCCAGUCAUCAUCGCACAGGAAGGGCCCGUCGACGGUCAGGUGCGCUGCGUCGCCGCCGGUCACCCGGUUCCAAAAAUCCGAUGGUACAUCUGCGACGUCCCCCACACAAGGUGCUCGCACCUGCCCAACGCCACCCAAUGGGAGACCGCGGACGUCGCCACGGUGACAGAGUCCGCCUUCAGCCGGAGUGAGGUGGAGAGCCGAGUGAAUAUCAGCAAGGAGCACGGCAACUUCCGCACGCUGGAGUGCGUGGCCUCGACCGAGCGAGAGGAAGCUUACGCGCUCUUCUCCAUCAGCGAGCGACUGGUCCCGCACAAACUCUUCACCCCGCUUCUAACGGGCAUGGUGGCCACCGGCGCCUUCCUCUGCCUCGUCCUGGUGGUGCUGCUCUAUAAGUACAUGCAGAAACCCAAAUUCCAAAUCCAGUGGAAAGUCAUCGAGAGUAUCCACGGCAACAACUACAUCUACUUUGACCCCACCCAGCUUCCUUACGACUCCAAAUGGGAGUUUCCUCGGCAGAAACUGCGCUUCGGAAAAACUCUCGGUUCCGGAGCGUUUGGAAAGGUGGUGAGGGCCACGGCGUACGGCCUGUGCUCGGCCGACACGGUCACCACCGUCGCCGUCAAGCUCCUCAAGCCCAACGCUCACGCCACGGAGAAGGAGGCGCUGAUGUCCGAGCUGAAGGUGCUGAGUUACCUCGGCAACCACAUGAACAUCGUCAACCUGCUGGGAGCCUGCACGGUCGCGGGUCCAAUUUUAGUGAUCACCGAAUACUGUUGCUAUGGCGACCUCCUCAACUUCCUGCGCAGGAAAAGAGAGUCCUUCCUAAAUUCCCAAACGGGCGACGGUUACUAUCGCAACGUCGCCAAGCAAACGGAGCCUGCGAGGGAAGCCACCGGCACAGAAUACGUGACCAUGCGUCCCUCGGAGAAAGAAAGGUCCUCCCAGUCAGAAGACGUGGACGAGCUUUCUUUGGCCGCUGAAGAUCUGCUGAGCUUCUCCUACCAAGCGGCCAAAGGGAUGGAGUACAUCACCUCUAAAAAUUGCAUCCACAGGGAUCUCGCAGCCAGAAACGUUCUACUGACUCACGGCAGGGUGGCCAAGAUCUGCGACUUCGGCUUGGCGCGGGACAUCACCACCGACGCCAGCUACGUACUGCGAGGAAAUGCACGUCUUCCGGUCAAGUGGAUGUCUCCCGAGAGCAUCUUCGAUUGCGUCUACACUUACGAGAGCGACGUGUGGUCCUACGGCAUCUUGCUAUGGGAAAUCUUCUCGCUGGGUAGCGGCCCCUACCCCGGGAUGCAGGUGGGCUCGACCUUUUAUCGACUGAUUCAGGAGGGCCACAGGAUGAGCAGGCCUGAGUUUGCGCCCAUUGAGAUGUAUGAUAUGAUGCUCUCGUGCUGGAAUCAGGACCCUUUGAAAAGACCCUCUUUUAGAAAACUGGUGGAGAAGACUGAGCUUCUUCUGUCAGAAAACACGCGGAAUAUUUACCUGAGGCUGAGCAACGCCGCGGAUUCCUCGGAGCACCAGAGGGCGGCGCCGUCGCGGAGGCUGAGCUCCGUCUGCAGCACCACGGCCCCCACCCAGCCUUUACUGCAGAAUACCGCGGACGUCUUCCUGGAAUAUGUCUGAUCCACUCCGCACGAGUAGAGAACCAUACAGAACGCUUGCACGUUGAAUUGGAACUGGAGUGAUCCUCAGCUGCAUGCAUGCAGCAAGUCUUGCAGAAACACAUUCCACAAAUAUGGCCGACGUGCUGUGCUGAAACUGCUACACUUUGCCACGGAAAUUCAACAGUUUGCCUUCUUUUCAUGCGUAGCAGAAGGUUCCAUUAAAAAAAACAGUCAAGAAAAACACUUUUGUUACUACUACUACUAAUACUAGUAACACUACAUUUGGAACUGCUACAAAAUUCUUGUGGGUAGAGGCUGCAUUUACGCGCACAAGCGCUGAGGCAGAACAAAUUUUACAAAACCAAAUGAAGGUGGGCCAUUGUGGAAAAUGUACACAAAAACAGAAUACAAUGACCUGCAGAUCCUUUUCAACGGUACGUUCAACUGAAAAAGACUAAAAAGACAAGAUAGCGAAGGUUCAAAGAAAUACAAGCUGUGUAAAAGCCUCAAAUGGCCGCGUUGAAACACGAGAUAAUUACAAAGAAAGACGGUAAACAGAGAGUUUAACGCUAACGCUAGCGCCGCGCCAACAGGGCCGGUUAAAAAUAAACACACCGGUAAAAAUCACUGAGACACGGCAGUGACACGCCAGCGCAGAGCUAACAAGGCCAGACCGGUAAAAGUCACUUCCUCGGCACAUAUAUUCCACCGGUCUCACUCUUACCUUUUUCGCUUGGGUGCCCCCUUCCAGCUGUUAGAAAAAAAAAUUGCAUAAAUUGGCCGCACCACCGCAUAAACCGCCGGGUUGAAAGUGUGUGAAAAAAAGUCGUGGCUAAUAAGCCGGAAAUUACGGUAAUUUCUUUCCCAUUGAGGAGAAUGACGUACUUUACAACUUUGGUUGCUCAGCAGUUCGGCUGUCUGCUGUUGUAUUUUUUUCCUAAUGAAAAAGAAAAAGAUUUUGCUCGGAUGGCAGCAUAUGUGGCUCCAAAACGUCCUGUACGUGGAUUUUUUCGCCAUGGGCGCUAACGCUCCUACAUACCAUCCCAGAUGCUGGCUUUUGAAAUUAACGCCGAUAACAAUCUGGAACAUCCUUUUUGUCUUUGAGGUGGACAAAAAGAGCCACGAUUUCCAAAUGUGGACUCAUCAGACCGCUGCGCACUUUGCCACCUGACGUCAGUCCGUCUCACAUGAGCCGCCUUUUUAGGGUAGUCAACCGAAUCGGGUUUGGAAAUGAUUGUAUUCCGUUUUCACUUGCGUUUUACACAAUGCCCCAACUUUGUCGGAAUACUGGGUUUGUAAAUGUACGCAACAAACACACACUAGAUACAACCUGCGGUAAUGUCCCGUCUAUUGAUCCGUGCGGUACAAUUUCAGGUUGACGUCACCAAAAAGCCAACAGCAGCGCUAACUGCCCAUCGUGUACAACAUGAGCGUCGGUGUGGCGCCGAUGGGGGUGUCCAGCCUCUGAUCAUAUCUAAAGCUCGCAUUUGGUUGUAGUCACUUUUUGCUGAUUACAGUUUUGUUUGUCAGACCAUGCUAUCUUGAAAUAGUCGUGAGCUUGUAGCCUAAUAGCUAUCUUACAGUAUCUUAACUUAGCAUCAGGAUCAGCAACACAAAAAGACUUUGUCCGUUUGAAUCGGUAAAGACAGCCCCCUGAGCUAGCUUAUCUUCAAAUCCAUACUAGGGCCGACUUGAAACACAGAAAGCUCUCAAAUCAUCUUGGCUUGAUCCAAGUAGCUUGCUAGCUAUCUUAAUUUAGCAUCAAAACUGAAAGCUCACCAUUUCUUCUUCUUCUUUUCCUUUCGGCUUGUCCCCAAGGCAGCUUGUUAGUUACCCCUUAGUUCCAAGACUUGGAAUACAGUUCUUUUGGUUUUCUGGCAGCUACCAGGCUUCGCUCACUUGAAACCAAUAGUUCUCAUCUUGGUUUAUUACAAAACUGGAAAUACAGAAAGCUCCCAAACUCAGUUAUGUUUUAUCACCGAAAUGGCGUGUUUGUUACCGUAUCUUGGCACCAAACCGCAAUUAAAAAGGGUCACUAAGCUGCGAUAAGUGAGUAGCUAGCUACCUUAGCAUGAAAACUCGACGCGUACUGUAAGCGUCCCCCAACCGCAGCAGGUGUACUAGCUACGCAUCCAAAUAAGAAAUGGAAAAACUGUUACGCUGCCUGCUGUGAAAAUCCUAAAAUAGCUUCAAAUAUUUUGGGGGUUUUUAAUUUUGGCACUUAUAGCUUGGCUUUUUGUACCUUUGUGGUUUCCCUUGCGAAUCAUUAGUCCGGUGGAACACAAUCGACCGUAUUCGCCACUAUGUGAUGUCUUCAUCGAGUGUCACCACGACAUGCAAGCGCAAACUCCUUGUAAAGACCCCCCUAAAAAAAAGAGAAACUGUUAGAAAUUCUUACAUGAGCAUUGCACAUUUGACCUUGAACAGGUCAAGUGGGAUGGAUGUAAGAAUAUGUAUUUGUGUGGUUAGGGUUAAUCUUAGUUUAGCGUUCAGGAUUGGUGCGUGUGUGUGCUCUUCGUUUUGACUCGUCACGUGUGUAUUCAUUGUAAAUAUGAUAGAGAUGUGCCUUUAGAUUUGGACCGGCUAAGUCUGGUGGUCACGAGGGGACACGGUCCGGUUUGGAGGCCCCCUGCAGUUUUGAUACCGUUUGUCGACUUGUUAUAAUAAAGAAAGUACCAGUGAAGGUAGAGGCAACAACGUGUCCAUUUUUUUUUUUUGUCGUCA